CAAAUUUUGGGAAGAAAGCAACAAAGAAGAAGUGACAUAUCAAGCGAUUAGAUACGAGUUCUGCGGUAUUUUGCAUGAGAAGAAUUUGGGCUAGGAAAAAAAUGUGCAACUUUAGUGUUUCCGUGGCGCAGUGCUAAGUCAAUUAUUUCGAGGUAGCAGGAAAACUGUUAAAUCUGCAGAAGCAACAGCGGAAACGAGAGUUGGAAUUGGUUUAAAAGUGAAGAGUUCAUCAAAACAAGAGCAACAAUGAAGUGCUUGGCUGUUAGUGGUGGGAGCUUUUUCCCGCUGGCAGUGUUCUUGAUGGCCACGAUUUUGGCCGCAGAGGCCAAGCUGGCGGCCCACGGUAAAUAUCAAAUGAUGGCCUCAACAAACAAAAACUCCGACGAACGCAGUAUCAUGGAUAACGUAAAGGCGGUCUUCGGCAGGGGUCCUAAUAGAGCACCAGCGCACGAUACGCCAGCCAGUGCCUGCAGUUGUCGUUGCGGCGAACGUAACGACGCUUCGCGAAUCGUUGGCGGUCAGCCAACGGGGAUCAACGAGUUCCCCUGGAUGGCACGGUUGAGCUACUUCAAUCGAUUCUACUGCGGCGGAAUGCUGAUCAACGAUCGCUACGUACUGACGGCAGCCCACUGCGUCAAAGGCUUUAUGUGGUUCAUGAUCAAGGUAACGUUUGGGGAGCACAACCGCUGCGACGAUUCGGUUCGGCCGGAGACCCGCUUCGUGCUUCGAGCCAUCGCACAAAAGUUCAGCUUCCUCAACUUUGACAACGACAUCGCCCUGCUGCGGCUGAACGACCGUGUCCCGAUAACCGAUUUCAUCCGGCCGAUCUGCCUGCCGACGGAACCAGCGAAAAACUACGUCGGAACGAAUGGUCUCGUGACCGGCUGGGGCACACUGAAGGAGGACGGUAAACCAUCGUGCAUUCUGCAGGAGGUCGAAGUGCCAGUCAUUUCGAACGAAGUGUGUAGCAGCGAGACGAACUACACCUCAUCGAUGAUUACCGACAACAUGAUGUGCGCCGGAUAUCUGGGAGUCGGAAAGAAAGAUUCCUGUCAGGGUGACAGUGGCGGUCCACUUAUUUCCGAACGGGCCGACAAGAGGUACGAACUGAUCGGAGUGGUCUCCUGGGGUAAUGGCUGCGCUCGGCCGUACUAUCCGGGAGUGUACACCAGGGUGACGCAGUAUCUGGACUGGAUCAAGGAAAACUCCAACGAUGGGUGCUUCUGCAAUGAGUGAGGGCCGAAUACCAGAUAUGGGUUGUAGAGUGAUUCUAGGGGAAGACGUGUUUAAUUUUUAUAAUUUAAUGAAAACAACCGUAAAUAACCAGUGUAUUUGCGUUGAAUGGUAACAGUUAUCCGAUAAGUCUGUUACUCGGUGUAAAUUUUUGUAACUAAAACGAAUGGAAUGCAGACCUAGUCUCGUGACGAAAAACAAACGUGCAACUCCCCGGGAACCACUCUACGACCCUAAGACGAGUGUAACCAACGAAACAUACCCGUGCGUAUUGCAAUUAAUACGACAAUGAAACGAAACGAAUGGAAA